UAAACAGCUUCGCCAGUCUUGAAUCAAGGACAUAAAAUCAUUUUCUCUGCUCAUUUGGUAGAUUUGAUUCUGGAGAUGGUUAAUCUACUUGACUCCUUAUCGUAAUUGCGUAAUUACUUGGCUGGAAGGCGUAUCAGUUUGUGAGGAGUGGAUUUGAGGAGCAAAGCGACAGUAUGGCUCCAAUAACAUUCGGAAUAUUGACCAUCAGUGACACUUGCGCUCGUGAUCCAACAGAAGACAGAAGUGGAGAGGAAUUGAUACGUCUGAUAACCGACCACAGCACAGACAGUGGAAGAAUCAUCAAGGGACAUGUUGCUGAAGUUAACAUUGUGCCUGACAAUGAGUUCUCCAUCAUGGAAAUCCUGACGAAAUGGUCGGACGAGGCGAGGGUGAAUGUAAUCCUCACGACUGGGGGCACCGGUUUUUCGCCCAGAGAUGUAACUCCGGAAGCUACGAAGAAGAUUAUUCAGAAGGAAGCCCCAGGAAUUGCUCUCGCCAUGUUGACGGCUAGUUUGAAGAUUACUCCUAUGGCUGCACUGUCUAGAGCCGCCUGUGGCAUUCGUAACAAGACCCUGAUAAUAAACCUCCCCGGAUCGCCGAAAGCUGCUCGGGAAUGUCUCGAUGCGAUCGCAAUGACUAUCCCCCACGCAGUCGAUCUUCUCCUGGAUUCAAAACCAAAGAUCAAAGAAACCCAUGAGCACGUUCAGAACAGCGGAUGCAGACAUCAUUCGGAGAAUGGGACAAUCGCUCUGAAUUUGGGGCACGUGGCCGGUCGCUUGAGGGAAUCCCCCUACCACAUGAUAUCCAUGAAGGAAGCAGAGGAAAUCAUCAACAGAUACACUUGGCAAGGGGAGAACGAAUUCGUGGAUUUGUGGGACUGCCACGGGAGAAUCCUCUCGGAGGAUAUUCGGGCUCAAUGUGAUCUGCCGCCAUUCAGGGCCUCCAUCAAAGAUGGAUAUGCAGUUGUUGCGAGCGAUGGAGGCGGACAGAGGCGAGUGCUGGGGGGCCUUGAAGCUGGGCAUUCGCCAGGCUCCAUAAAACUGGAGCCAGGCUUCUGCGUUCGUGUCAACACAGGUGCCCCAGUCCCCGAGGAGGCAACAGCGGUCGUCCAAGUGGAGGACACGAAACUCCUGGAGAAAACCGCGGACGGAAAGGAAGAGAAAACAAUCGAGAUUCUAGUCGCCCCGAAGGAGCACCAAGACAUCAGACCCGUAGGCAGCGACAUCGAGGAAGGCUCUCUCGUCCUGAAACGCCACACAAGGAUCGGAGCUGUUGAAGCCGGCAUUCUAGCCGCCUGUGGCUGCACGAAGGUCAAGGUCACGAAGCUCCCGACGAUCGGAAUUCUCUCGACUGGAAAUGAGCUCCAGCAGGCGGGGGAGGAGCCCCGACCUGGCCACGUGUACGACAGCAACAAGAUCACCCUCAUGAUGCUGUUCAGGGAGUUUGGGUAUGCCCCCAAGGACAUGGGGAUUGCGAUUGACGACGAGAACGUCAUGAUCGACUCGAUCAAGGAGGCUCUGAGCCACGUGGACGUCCUCGUCACCACUGGAUCGGUCUCCAUGGGGGACAGGGACAUGCUCAAGCCCAUUCUCACGCAGGUCUUCAAGGCUGACAUUCACUUCGGCAGGGUCAACAUGAAACCGGGGAAACCCACGACUUUUGCCACUUGCCAGUACGAUGGAAAGAUCAAGUACUUUGUGUGCCUGCCUGGUAACCCAGUCUCUGCUACUGUUACUUCGCACCUGUUCGCUAUUCCUUUGCUGCAUCGGUUGGCCGGGAAUUAUGCCAGACCCGUUGUCGUUCGGGCUCGGUUGACAUCCUCAUACAAAUUGGAUUCUCGUCCUGAAUAUGCAAGGGCCAUUUUGAUGUGGUCAGAGGAGGAUCCAAUGCCCAAAGCCUACAGUACUGGCAAUCAAAUCAGCAGUAAACUCCUCAGUUGCAAAAAUGCGAAUGCACUCCUGAUGCUGCCGGGGAGGACUGAUGAUCGGGGGGAGAUGCUUGCAGGGGAUGUUGUGCAAGCGAUGCUGCUCGGGUUUCAACAAAAUGCCAUUUAAAAUUUAUGAUUACAGUUAUUCAUUCUUUUUUUAUGGAAGAGAUGAACUCUUAUGGAAUUUUUUACAAUCUUGUGAGGAAGAAGGAUAAUUGUAAAAGAUUUUUCACUCAUUUUAUUCAAUAAUAAAGUUCUCGCUAUGAA